AUGGCCGCCUUGGACGAAAAGACUGUUCGAAUGGCUCACGACGAAGAUGUGGAGUCUGGGCCGGUCUCCAAAGAGAUCGUCGAACGGAGAGUCUCCGUGAAACAUGGCGACCGAGCUCUCGCCAUUGUUGGAGAUCAACGAGUUGAGCUCACCGAGGAAGAUAACAAACGGAUAAGAAGAAAGACCGAUCGGGUCAUCCUCACCAUCCUGGUCUGGGUCUAUUUCCUCCAGAUUCUCGACAAAUCCGUUCUCGGCUACGGCGCAGUUUUCGGUCUCCAGGAAGACACACAUCUCACGGGCGACCAAUACUCAUUUGUGGGCUCGAUCGCGCCGAUUGCCCAACUCGCCUGGCAACCCUUCUCGUCGUUCCUGAUUGUCAAGGUUCCCCAUCGAACUUUGAUGCCAUCACUCUGCUUGGGAUGGGGAAUUGCUCAAGCCGCCAUGGCGGCGUGCCACAAUUACGGCUCUCUCAUUGCCGCCCGUUUUUUCUUGGGAUUGUUUGAAGCCGGGUGUCUUCCGCUCUUCAGUGUGAUCACCAGUCAGUGGUAUCGUCGCGCAGAGCAACCCAUCCGUGUUGCGGCGUGGUAUGGAACCAACGGUCUGGCCACGAUCGCGGCAUCCGCACUCUCAUACGGCUUGGGGCACAUUCCUUCCGAUGUGUUGGCCGAAUGGCAAAUCAUUUUCCUGUUUGUCGGCCUGGUCACCAUCGUUUCCGCACCCAUUGUGUGGUGGUUCUUAGACGAUGAUAUUCCGUCGGCUCGCUUCUUGACCGAGCACGAGAAGGCACAGGCCAUUGAACGUCUCCGUGCCAAUCAGACCGGGACGGGCAACCGCGAAUUCAAAUGGCGUCACAUCGCGGAACUCGCAUGGGAGCCCAAGACGUACCUCUGGAUUGGAUUGUCCCUCCUUCUCAACGUGGGCGCCGCCGUGACCAACACCUUCGGUCCCCUCAUUCUGAAGGGGGUGGGCUUCGACAAGUACAAGACCUCGUUGCUCAAUAUCCCAUUUGGCGUGAUGCAAGUGCUGGUCAUCCUUCUCGCCUCGUACGCCGCACAAAAAGCCAAAGUCAAGUCCGUCGUCCUGGCUGCGUUGAUGCUUCCUGUCAUUGCCGGUCUCGCCGUGCUGUACGUCCUGCCGCGCACAUCCGGCGAGACCGCCGGCCUUUUGGUGGCGUACUACCUCCUGGCCUUCCUUUUCGGAGGCAAUCCUCUCAUUGUCUCGUGGAUUGUCGGAAACACGGCCGGCAGUACGAAGAAAUCGGUCAUCAUGUCCCUGUACAAUGCUGGUUCCUCUUCGGGCAAUAUCAUCGGACCCCUGCUCUUCAGCAAGGAGGAUGCGCCGGCCUAUCACCCGGGGUUGCGCAAAGUUUUGGCCAUCUUCGUGACCAUGGUCGCGGUCAUCUUCAUCCAGCUGGCCAAUUUAAUGUUCCUCAAUAAGCUCCAAUCGAGAAAGAGAGUCAAGAAUGGCAAGACAGCCGUGAUCAAAGACCAUUCGAUGGAGGACCAAUAUGUUGCCAUGGAUGAGACCGAAGGCGGCCAAAGAUUGGGUGACAACGCAUUCUUGGAUUUGACGGAUCGUCAGAAUGAUGAGUUUACAUAUAUUUAUUGA